CAAGGAAAGGAGAGAGGGGUCGUGGAGGGAAGCGGAACAGGGAGAGGCCCCGUGGGACGCUGGGGUCUGGGGGACAGCAGGUAGCAGCGAGCCGCCCUCCCAGCUGUCACUGCUGCUCAGAUUGUCACGCUGCUAUGUGGCAGGUGCAGCCUGGUCUGCCACUAGGUCUCUACUCCACAAAGGCAGCGACCGGCCAAGGCAGUGGCUGGCCCUGGAUUACACGAGUCCAGACACUCGACUAAGUGAGGAACAGGUGGCUAACGAGAUGGUUGAUUCUAACCAGACGAGACUACACACAAAUCUGGAAGACCCAGAGGAAGGCCAAGGCUCAGGUGCCCACAUGAUCAGCACAGCCAGGGUACCUGCAGAUAAGCCAGUACGCAUUGCCUUCAGCCUCGAUAAUGCUGCAGAUGAUACACCACCUGAAGAUGACAUUCCUCUGGUCUUUCCAGAAUUAGAGCAGCAACUACAGCCUCUGCCGCCUUGUCAUGACUCCAUGGAAUCCAUGCAGGUGUACAAGCAGCACUGCCAGAUAGCAGAAGAAUACCGCGAGGUGAAAAAGGAGAUCGCCCUGCUGGAGGAAAGAAAAAAGGAGCUCAUUGCCAAGCUGGAUCAGGCAGAAAAGGAGAAGCUGGAUGCCGCUCAGCUGGCUCGGGAAUUCGAGGCACUGACGGAGGAGAAUCGGACACUGAAGCUGGCCCAGUCCCAGUGUGUAGAACAACUGGAGAAACUGAGAAUACAGUAUCAGAAGAGACAGGGCUCGUCCUAACUCGACAUGAUUCAAUGUGAGCAUAAGAGGUUGGUGACUGCUGUGCACUGGCCAAAAGAUUUUUUAUUUUAAAGGGAUAGCGAGUAAAAUCUGUUGCUUCUCCUUAUUACACACACGGUCAAGGUCUACACUAAUGAAUUGCAUGCUUGCCAGUCUAGUUGGACAGAAGGGCUAUUUUCUUUUAAAUAAGAUAAUGAAAGCAAACCUUUACCAGAUGUUUUUAGAGAUCAUAAUUCGUUUCAAAACAUUUUUUUCCCUUAUUUAGCAAGGUAUGAUCAUACUGUAUAUAUCUGGGUAGAAAAUGAUAGAGAACAUUGACUGUUUCUACUAAGAAUCACGAGCAGAAUUCAGCCGUGAAACAGACUAGUAAGAUGCUCACUGUAGUUUCACAUCGGAGUAUUUUUAAAUUUCAUGUCUUUAAUAUUUCAACUGUGCUCCAAUGUGAACUGUCAGAAACUUCACUGCAUAUAUUUAUGUUCACCAGUUAGGUUUAAUCCCUCAAUGAUUGAUUGCACUAAGAAUACAUUGUUGCAUAUCAUAAAAGCUUUCUCAUGAAAAUAUUAGCAGCAAGCAUGUUUGUGUGAGCGCACAUUCACAGUGCUAACUUGCUGUUGUAAUAAAAAACUGAUAAAGGUGCAUUUUCUUCAUGCCACAUUACCUCCUGGUAAACAUUUCUGCCUUUGCUUGUGUGUGUUCUGGGGGAAACAGACAUUACUUUGGUGAGUUCCCAUGUAAACAUCAGUAAAAUUCUAUGCCUCUGUUUUGGGUUUAAGGAGAUGUUUUGGGUCAAUGAUGACUAAUAAGAAUACAUGAGUAAAUUCAGGAUUAAUAUGAUCUUCCCUUGUUCUAUCACAAUGUUUCCCCAAAUUGAUCUCUUUCUUUUAUGUCCAUUUCUAUUCUUGUAACUUCUUUUUCAUUAAACAUGGAUCAAAAUUC